GUAUUCAUAAAAGCUUAUGCUUAGUUUACCAAUCCGGUUCCUUUCUUUGGAAAAAAUAUGUUUAAAACAUGUGUUACAUUUCAGUUUGUUAUCCGUGUGAGCAUUGACUGUUAGCCUCUUUACAGGGUAAUGGACGAAUCCUCAAGGUGGUUGGCAGCAAAGAAGAAAUACAGUAUCAUAGAACGGAAUUUGAAGAAGGCUAGCCAUAUGAAUCAUAGGGACGCAGGCCAUAUCAUAACGCUGUUCAGAGAAAAAGUAAAAGAACCAAACGUUCCUGAUCAAAACCCUCUCUUAUCGUCAGACACUCACCGGGAUCCAAAUGAACACAGUCAGGGUGUUUCAAAAACUGAGGGAAUAGACGAAUUCCUGCAAAUAUUCAAAGACAGACAAAUACUCACUUUAUCAGCAAUUCUGUGUUUUAUAUGGGUGACAGAUAGUUUAACAUACCACGGACUUAGUCUCAACGCCACACAGUUCCACAGUAACAAAUACAUCGCCUUUGGUCUGAGUGCUGUCACAGAAGUGUUUGCUGCUGUCGCCUUCUGGCUCACAGUCGACAGAUUCGGAAGGAGGAAAACAUGUUUGGCCUGUCAUCUGAUAGCAGCCGUGUCGCUGAUAACAUCGGUCAUAUUCAACCAUUUCACGGAUGUUGUACCAACCCUCAGUGUGGCUGUCAGUACAUUGUCGCUGAUUGGAAAAUUUGGAGCUGCGACCUCAUUUAAUGUGCUGUAUCUGUAUACUCCAGAAAUAUUUCCAACUACAAUACGGAAUGUUGGGUUUGGUCUUGGAUCCCUCGCAGGAAGAGUAGGUGGACUAUUUGCUCCAUUUUCCAGGAUGCUGUACCGCAAAUAUCCCUGGGCACCUGGCACUGUGUUCGGCUCAUUGUGCAUCGUGGUGGCUAUCCUAGUUCGAUUUCUGCCAGAAACGAACAAACACGAACUGCCUCAGACAGUUCCUGAAAUGAAGCAGUGGCUGAACCAGCAAAGGGAAUCACAGAAGAAGAAACAGAAGAAGAGCAGCAUCACAGAAAAUGGUGCUGAUAUAUUUGUUUGUAGUGAUAAUGAAAAUAAUUAA